AUGGACGCCGUAACGGCAACUCUGGCUGCCUUUGCGCCAACUGAAGCCGCAGCACACUCCCUCAAGAAAUACGACGCAGCUAUCAAGGACCAUGUCGGAGCCGUGAAGUCAUUAUUAACGAACCAGCGUCAGAUCAUCAGUGCGAAUACUGGCGAAAUACUACGGAACAUUGAUCCAUCGUUUGACUCAAUCGCAUUUCAAGCUAUUCUGCUCUUCUCACUAGAAACUACAACUCCCCCGCCCGGCAUCGACCGACCCAAGCUCCUCGACGAGAUUCUUCGAUUUCUCCUCAACUUUAACCCUCUUCAGAUUCGAUAUGUGGGACUAGGAUUUCGGAAGCUGCUGGAGACCGUUGCGGCUGGGAAACUGCUUACACCAGCUGUUUCUGUAGAGGUUAUAGCUUCUUCAUUAUUGCGAAUGGACCCCACCGGGAGCAUGUUAACCUCGACUCACUUGUUAUUGGCCAAGACCGCCUACCAAACAGCCUGGAUCGAGCCUGUUCUCAAGAUUCUGGACUGCGACACGACCUUUUUUCCUGGCAUGGCUGGCCUGAAAGAUUCCAAACUCCUGUGUGACAGUAGUCUACAUCCUACCUCUUUCAUUUCUCCCGAAACAGGCCUUACCGAGUCCGUAACUAGCAGUACGAUCUUAGAGUACAACCACCUUAGUGCUCUAUGCUACAUGUCACGUCGAGACUGGGCCAAGGCCUUCCGAGCUCUUGAGCGUGUUGUUACGCAUCCUUCAAAAGACAAGGGUGUCAGUAGGAUCAUGGAUGAAGCGUACAAGCGCUGGUUGCUUGUCGGUCUGCUAAAGGAUGGGAGGGAGCCAACCCUACCAUCAUAUACCGCCACAAUAGCUAAAAACACAUACUCAACACUUGGUGGGCCAUACAAGAGCAUUGCUGCUCAGUUCUCUACAACGAAUGUGGAACACUUAUUGGCGGAAAUUAAUGCCAACAAUCAGACCUGGGAAGACAACGGCACUCUGUCGCUCAUUCAGGAAGUGGUUGUGGCAUACCAAAAAUGGCAAAUCAUAAACCUUCGCGAUAUUUACAAGGAGGUCUCCAUUUCCCAACUGCGCCAGUCGACGCUCAGCGCGGAGACGGGCGAGGUUCUCGCCGACGACGAGUCGGCCACACGCCUGGUACAAGGCAUGAUUGAAUCCGGUCUACUAAAGGGCGAGCUACAGCCAGGCACCAACGACAACGAACUCUACCUUCAAUUUCACGACGAUGUCGAAAUCAUGUCAGAGGCAGAGUUCGCUCAAGAGAUCGCCCAGCGCUACCAGAACCUCGAGAGCCUGGGCAGUCAGUACAAGGCAGCCAACGAGCGGCUGAGUAGCACCAAAGAGUACGUUAAGCACGCUGUAAGGGAGCAGAAGAGGGCGGACAAGGACGCGGCCGAUCCUGGAUUAGGUUUCGAUUCGCAAAUCGAAGAUGAAGACCUGAUGACGGGCAUUAUGGCGCAUGGCUAG